AUGGGCUGGGUAGCCUCCGAGGAGGAACCAAAGGCUCUAAACUAUGUUCCAGAGGUUAUAUUGAAGAAGAGGAAAAAUAGUGAAACAUGGGCAUUAAGAAAAAAGGCACAAUUCCAGCAAAAAGGAGGUGGACCUUCUUUGAAUGAAACGAAGGCUCAAGGUGGUCAAGAGGAAACUUUAUAUCAUCUUUCUUUCGUUCCAUUCAUGUUUAGGAAACAAGACAUGCAUCCUACAACCAGAAAACAUUUAUUAAGUUUGGGAUUGAGAAGAAUAUUCAGUGCUGUCUUAGUGAAGCCAACUGAUGGAGUAAUGGCCAAGCUGCUGAGAGUGGAACCAUAUGUUACCUACGGAUUUAAAAGCAUAAAGAAGCUAAUUUACAAGAAGGGGCGUACGAAAAUAGAUAAGCAGAAAGUUCCUUUGACAGAUAAUAACAUUAUUGAGCAGGAAUUAGGGAAGUUCGGUAUUGUAUGCAUAGAAGACACGGUGCAUCAAAUUGACAAUGUUGGUCCACACUUUAAGGAAGUUGUAAGAUUUAUGUGGCCCUUUGACCUCAACAAGCCAGCAGAUGGAUUGAAAGGAUCGAAAUCCUGA